CACUGAUGGUUAAUACAAAAACCAUGAAACACUCGCAGUUGGAUAAAGUCAUGUAAAAAGUGUAAAUGAAUCAUCAUUGCAGAGAACCAAGAGGUUCAAACCAAUGUUCCUCAUAGAGUAGUAUCUAGAACCAUUGUGAGUAAUAUGCAAAUAUGAAUUCGACAAAUGUUUCAUCGAAUGCUUCGACGACUGUUUCCUCUGCUGCGCCAGCAAGCGAAGUGAAGAUUGGAAGAUCACUAUACACUCAGACAACGUGCUUUGUUAUUGCCACGAUGGCCUUUCUUGGGAAUCUGCUUGUAAUUCUCCUCAUCCUCGUGAAAAAAGGAAAAUUUUUGAAGAAAUCUUACAACAUUUUGAUUCUAUCCUUGGCCAUGUCUGAUAUUCUCACCGCUUUGAUGCUUGUCACAAACCCAGCUAUGGUCCUUGGUGACGCGUUUCCUUAUCCUAACAAUCACGUCUUGGGCGAUGUCUUCUGUCGAGUUAUUUGGAGUCGUACGUUUCUCUUCCAGUUGUUGGUUUUCUCUGCCUACAUCUGUGUGGCUUUGGCAACGGAGCGUUGGUUUGCAGUGGUUAAGCCUCAACAGUACAACCAGGUCUUCAACAAGAAGCGCACGCUCGUUUAUAUCUUCCUCGUGUGGCUGUGGUCGGUUAUCCUUUGUGCUUCAAAUUCGUUUCAGCUCUCCUACAUAUCGUCGAAUCCCCCAAAUAGCCGAUGCAAAUGGAACUUUGGCUCGGCUACUCAAACAGUCCGCAUCAUUAUCGCAGUCAUUCAAACCUUCUUCAAAAUGGCGUUUCCGUGUCUGACCAUGUUGUUCCUGUUCAUUCACAUGGUUUACAAAGCAAGCAAAUCCACAGUCACCUCAGUUGAGAGCAAGGCUAAAUUGCGCGGAAAAAUAACGCGGAUGGUUGGUGCUGCUUCUUUGGCAUUAAUAAUCUGUUUCGCACCGUCUCAGAUUAACUACACCCUGGCAGUGGCGGGAAAAACAGGACUAGAUAACACCGUACACCACGUUCUCUCGCUCUUGGCGUUGGUCAACAGCUGUUUGAACCCGUUCAUCUACGGGCUGAGCAACAAAAAUUACCGCCAAGGUUAUCAGCAGAUUCUACUUUCACUGUACCCUUGGUGCAUCAAGAGACAUGGAAACAGAGUGGUGUCACGUCCGAUAAGUCGCCGGACCGAUUUAACCAGGCCGGGUACUUCGAGUUAGAGCUGAGAGUAUACCCUGUCGUUACUGUUCUUGUUUCAAAGAAGAUGCUGCCAUGUAAUUUAGCAUGCUAAGUGUCUUUCUUUUGGUAUCAUUUAACGAAAGGUCAAAGAGCAAGCCCAAAAAACACAUCCACCUAACUUGUCAAAAAUACUGUAUUUUAUGUACAAAAGUGAGUGGCGAGAAGAAUCCUAUCGAAAUCAAUUACAUUCACUUAACCAUGAUAAACAUUUCGCCAAAGUACAAAGUAAUAAAUUAUGGUCUCAGACUUAAGAGCAAUGAAUAAUCUUUUGAUGUAAAAAAAAAAA